UAAAAAGCCCUUGAAAUUUGAUCACAUUUUAACCAAUUAAUUCUGAUUAUUACAAGCAGCAUUAAUAUUGUUAUUAUUACAGUGAAAUAGAUAACCGUAUCUAACAGUGUUAACUGUCAUGAUUACCCAACAUUUUGUGAGUAGUAUAAUUUGUCUAACAGUUAUUCAUCUCUGUUGUUUUCUCAAAGGAUAUCAAUCGAUAAAUGAAGAAAUACUCAAGAAGGAAAGAUUGUUCAACUUGUGCAGUAAAUGUCAGACGACUGUUGCUAACAUAUUGAGUAAAGUGUUGAACUUAGAUAAUCAGCUUAAAUGGGAAAAGGAAUUUUUAAAUGCAUGUGAAUACACCGGUCCAUUUCGUGAUUAUUGUGCAUCAUUCUUCAGUUCAACAAUGUUUAAAUUUAUAAAUAAAAUUGUGGCAAAUAUUGAACCCAAUAGUUUUUGUCAAAGACUAUUUCUGUGUUCAAUUUAGAAACAGUUCAAAUUCCAUUCAAAAUCGAUUAACAACUACAAUUACCUGCCUAUAAAAUAUGUUACGCAACUUAAAUUUGAUUAAUAAAUAUAUACUACUUUAGAAAUA